UCAGCCGAGGAGGGACACGAGGAUACAUUGAAAGAUAAAAAUCCCUUCAAGGUUCCAGAUCCAGCCGAUGAGGGACACGAGGAGACAUUAUCAAAGGACAAAAAUCCCUUCAAGGUUCCAGAUCCAGCUGAUGAGGGACACGAGGAGACAUUAUCAAAGGACAAGAAUCCCUUCAAGGUUCCAGUUUCAGCCGACGAGGCAGACAAGGAGACCUGUCGAGACCGGAAGCUCUUGCGGAUUAUGGGUCGAGCAGAUGAGAGAUACCACAAGGGGAUCGGGCAAGGCCGACGUCCUGAGGAUGAUGAUUCGGAGGAUUCUUGUGGUUGUUCCCACUAUAGGAGGUCGCACUUUUUGUACCGUCAUGAACAAAGAGAUCCUAGAUAUUAUGAUCAUGAAUUUCAUUGUGUCAGAUUUCGUCAGAACUGUUGUCCGAAUUGGAAUCAUAGUGCACUACAUCUUGGAAAUGGUUAUCCCGAUAGGUAUGGUUACCCAGGUCAUCCACAUCGUGGCUAUGGCUACCCAAUUGGACGAUUUGAUCAAGAUUGUAUGGAUCUGUACAAUCCGAGUCUGAUGGAUUCUUGGGAUGACAAGCUUGUAGAUACUCAAUGCUGUUCUCGGUACAAACUGACUCGUGGAAAGAACGAUUUCCCUGUGGCUGCAUCGCUAAGUAAUCCUGAGAAGUGGAUAUGCUUCCUUAAUUGUAUUCUCCAGUGUGUUGUUCACACAGUUCCUUUAGUGUCGAAGCUUCUGAAAGAUCGCCACCUAGGUCCAUGUCCUAGUGGUUCUGACGAAUUCUGCUGUUACUGCUCCCUACGACACCAUGCUUCUGAAGUUAUCAGGCUCUCAGGAGAUGUUCUCUACCCCAGAAACGAUAUUUCGAGAUUUCGAGCAGGGACAACACCAAGAUGCACAUGAAUUCCUCCGCUGCUUGCUUGAUAAAUUAGAUGAGGUAACUGUCGCUCCCAGGUCUGAAUCCGAGGAGCCCUCUUCUAUUGUCAAAGAACUUUUUGGGGGCCAACUGAAAAGCCAGUUGAAUUGUCCAAAGUGCAAUCAUUGCUCGGACAGAUUGGAGUCUUUCCUUGACCUUAACCUGGAGGUUAACCAAAUGGACACUAUCAUGGAUUCACUAUCAUCUUAUACCAAAAUUGAGGUUGUGGAAGAUUUCAUUUGUGAUGGAUGCAAAUCUCGUGUGAACAUGGAAAAGCACCUCAAGGUGGAGCAGGCUCCAGAAGUUCUUGUAAUCCAGCUCAAACGGUUUCAAAAUUUGGGGAGUGAUAUAUCUAAGAUUCAUGACAUGGUGAAGUAUCAGUUAGAGCUGGAUUUAAACCCCUUCAUGAGCUCCCCUGUUGACAAACCUCAAUGCUAUGAUUUGUAUGGAGUUGUAGAACACUGGGGUAACACAGCCAAGGGUCACUAUGUUUGUUAUAUCCGUUCAUCAGAAACUGAUUGGUUUCUCUUUGACGAUGAUAAGAUUGUGAAAAUGACUGAGGACAGAGUUUUGGAGAAAAAAGCAUAUGUUCUGUUCUAUGUCAAGAAAGGUUCAUCCCCAUGGUUCUCUACAUUACUUGAGAAGGAGAUGUUGCUGUCGGAUUAUUUUGAAGAAUUGGCGGGCAAAGGAUUAGAUGAGGAUGGUGCUUCCAAAGCGGGCAGCUACAGUAGCAGUGGUAGUGACAGUGACAAUGGCAGUGUUGAACAAGAUGUCACGGAGCAUUUUUCUGGACCAGCAGAGAAAAAUGAAGCUGGCCCCAGUUCGGCCGGCUUGUCACAAGGAGUCCAAGGAAUUGAAAACGGCAGUACCCUUUGCAGUGUACCUGACAAAAACGAAGUGGGUUGCAGCCUAGGUGGAGUACCAUCUGGAGGAACACAGAAACCCACCUCCCUUAUCCUAUCAAGUGUGGAAAAUGGAGAUGCUAGUGGGUUGCCGUUGCUAUUGGAGAACAAAGAGAAGUCCAGCCAUGGCACCAGGGAAGCGAACCAUAAUGGGCCAUCAUCAGAGGUGCUUGAUGCAGGCUCCCAUGGAGGGUCAUCACAAGAGAAUGGGAGAAGCUGCAACCUACCCCAGUCAUCAUCACAUAAACAUGAAGACUGCUGUCCUGAAAACUUGACACUGCACAAAGAAGAAGAAGAUGGGAUGGUAGGCUCUUGUGAUUCUCCUGCUGGAUCGCUGCACGCACGUGGGAGUGCUGGCACUUCAAGGCUCAGAACAAUGUCGGAGUCAAGACCAGAGCAGGGAAGCGGAUGAGAACCCAGGCUACAGCAGCUGCAGUGACGGCGAAGAAGCAGAAGACGAAUGGCGGUGUAAAGAACUAUCUACAGAAGACGAGGGUAACAAGAGGGAGGGGCAGGAGAAAGCGGAGGUAGAAGGGGACAUCGCCUCAUCAUAUAUAUAAACUUCAUAAGUGCGCGUAGCUAAUUACCGUUAGCACAAGGGUUUCGCAGUGAGAAAGCAGAACAGUG